AGCGACGGCAGCCAGACGCCGCUGGACGUCUACGAUCCCGCCUCCUACAGACUGACGGGGACGUCCUCCGACCCGGCGGUGCUCGCGGUGCGGGGGAGCCCCCCGGUGGUGGCGGCGGCGGCGGAAGGCGAGGGAGGGGGCGCUGUCGUCAGACUGGAGAUGUCCAUCUGCGAAGCCUGCCAGAAGUCCAAACGGAGGACAACCGUCGCCGUCGGCAACGGCGGUCUGAGGGUGGAAUUCCAACGGUCGGGAUCGGACGGGGACGACGCCGGGGACGCCGUCGUCGGGGAGGACGAGAGCGGUUACUACGGAAACAACACGACCACGACUUCGACUUCGACCACGACCAUCGUCAGGACGCCGGGGACGAGCGGAUCCCUGGGAGGAGUCGGGAAAAUCCUGGACAUUCCCAGCAGCGGUAGAACCGGCAACCCGGGGGACACGGGGACGGAGGACAUGAGG